UCCGUCUCCCGCUCGCGCUUCCCGCGGCGCCGGGCCUCCCGCUCCGCCUCCCCGAGCGAGGCUCUCCCGGGCGCGGCUCCGGGGUUCAUGCUGACGAGGCGGCGGCCGCUCCAGCCCAGCGGCGGCGGCGGCGGCGGGAGCUGGGGCGCGGGCCCCGGCCUCCUCUCUCGGAGCGCGGGGCCGGGCAGCGGGCGCGCCCCGGCGGCGGCGGCGAGCGCCCCACCGCGCCGCGCUCCUGCGCGCCCCCUGCGCCGCGCCCCCGCGCGCCCCCCGCGCCUAGCUUGCGGGGGGCCGGGCCUGCGGGCGGCCAGCGCUGCGCGCACCCAUGGACGGUCCGGCCAUCAUCACCCAGGUGACCAACCCCAAGGAGGACGAGGCCCGAUCGCCCUGCGCGGGCGAAAAAGCUUCCCAGCGCAGCAUCAGCCUGAAGAAGCAGAGGGGUCGUAGCAUCCUCAGCUCCUUCUUCUGCUGCUUCCGAGACUACAAUGUGGAGGCCCCUCCACCCAGCAGCCCCAGUGUGCUUCCGCCACUGGUGGAGGAGAAUGGUGGGCUUCAGAAGGGUGACCAGAGGCAGGUCAUUCCCGUACCAAGUCCACCAGCUAAAUACCUCCUUCCAGAGGUGACGGUGCUCGACUAUGGGAAGAAAUGUGUGGUGAUUGAUCUGGAUGAGACCCUGGUGCACAGUUCAUUUAAGCCCAUUAGUAAUGCUGAUUUCAUUGUUCCCGUUGAAAUCGAUGGAACUAUACACCAGGUGUAUGUGCUGAAGCGCCCACACGUGGACGAGUUCCUCCAGAGGAUGGGGCAGCUCUUUGAGUGUGUGCUCUUUACUGCCAGUUUGGCCAAGUAUGCAGACCCUGUGGCCGACCUCCUGGACCGCUGGGGUGUGUUCCGGGCGCGACUCUUCAGAGAAUCCUGUGUUUUCCAUCGUGGGAACUAUGUGAAGGACCUGAGUCGCCUGGGACGGGAGCUGAGCAAAGUGAUCAUCGUGGACAAUUCUCCCGCCUCCUACAUCUUCCAUCCGGAGAAUGCAGUGCCUGUGCAGUCCUGGUUCGAUGACAUGACGGACACGGAGCUGCUGGACCUCAUCCCGUUCUUCGAGGGCCUGAGCAGGGAGGACGAUGUGUAUGGCAUGCUGCACAGACUCUGCAGCAGGUAGCCCCCGCCUCGGGGCCUCGGGGCCAUGGCCCGUCUCCACCUGUGCGCUCUGGAGCCCCUGGCUCAGGGGACCCUCCUGGCCUCAGCUUUCUGAUUGGAGCAUGAGCCGACUCCAUGCUCCGGGUCACAGGGUGAAUGUCGCCAUUGCCUACCUGUUUUGUUUUGGGUUUGUUUUUUCUUUUUUAAAGAACAGAAGCAACUAUUUUAAAGGAAAAAAAAAACUCUUUUAAUAGAUUUCAUAAAAGGACAUGCAUUUUACCAGAUUCGAUUUUCUUAAAACAUACCAAAAAGAAAAAAAAAAAGGAAAAAAAAGAAACCUUGGUCUCUUUCAGACGCCCUUUCAACUGUCCUCCCUCCCAAGAGACAGCCCAUCAUCCCCUUUGUCCGGGUUGGGGCAGCUGACCCAGCUCAGAACCUUUUUCCUACAGGGUGAAGUGCCUUUUUGAAUGUUAUUUUAAGCUGAGAGUUACUUUUGUAUACGACCUAUUUCCAGACAUCUUUUAGUCUUUUACUGUCUUAGAUACGCUAAGACGACAAACAGGAGAGUUUUCUAGAACCUGGGAGCCUGUGUGUGGUGGGGUGAGGGUGUGGCCAGGGAGAAAGCGGUCAUGGGAGCCUGCCUCCCAACAGGUGCGAAUGUCAGCCUGUGGCGUGUGCGGGAUCCCGCUCCCUCUUCAGGAGUCUUCUCGUGACGCUCGUGGUUCCCCACCUGUUUCUGGUCCGUCCAGAAUGUACCUGCCCAUGGCCCCAUGCUUUAUGAAGCAACCAGUCCCUUUUGUUACGAUUUCCGAUGUUGAUAAAAUUUGUCUUGAGGUUGCAUUUUCCCCUUGAACGGUGACGUUAAGGUCACAUCUGCUUUCCCACAACGGUCACACGUCUGUCCCGUGUUGUUUUCCUGUUGUCAAUGGUUUGAGGAGAACAGUUACAGAAAACCCUAAAACCCUUGGACUGUCGAAAGCUGGGUACACGUGGAGCUGUGUGGGACUUGCUGCUACUGCGCUGCCACCAAAUGGAACUGACCAGCGGCUGUUACACUGUUCUUUGCCACUGUGCCUAUGCUCAGAAUUCGCUCACCGCUAAACUGCAGGCUUGGACAGGGUCAGAAACAGGUGUCCCGCCCGCCCCAUCAAGCACGGCACCAACCGUCUCCCUUCCUUGGCCCUAGCCACCAAGAAUGCUGAAAGGCACAAAGGGGGUUUUUAAAUAAACAAAUUAAUAAAUAAUAAAGGGCCAGAGCAGCGCUCAGGUGUGGCAUCCACUUCACACUGCAGCCAACAUCAGAGCCUAUGGAAGAGCUCCGCUGUCUCGCCUGAGAACCUGUGGCCUCGACCAGCCGCCACCUCCAUGUGGCCCAAGUCCAUGUCAGCCUCUUUGGAAGCACAGCCUCUUCAAGCCAAGGGUUGGGUGUUCAGCAGUGCUGUGUUAGCGUCGCUCCCCCAAGAAUGAAAAGAGCCCUUUUCGUGUUGGCACCGUUGCCUUAGUCCUCUGGGUUGGGCCUCAGCCAGAUUUCUGCUGGGAGUUGCUGGCACUAACAAGACUCAAAAUCAGGGGUCAAACUUAAAAAAAAAUUUUUUUUUUCUUUCACAAAAUAAUGAAGCCAGCUACCUGGCCUACCUUCCCACAGUGCUUUGGUCUGGGAAACCACUGUGCAUUCAGAGCAGAAAUACAGAGGGAUCAUCAGAUCUCCUGACUUUCUGAGUGUUCCGAACCCAGCGAUCCCUGUGCCAAUUACAACAGAAACUGCCCCUUUGCGAAGCAUCACCACAGAUAACAAGUUCCGUGGCCAAUCCACAUAUGCCAUAAGUCCUCACGGAAACCAGUCCUUAGCCGAUCCCGCUGCCUUAAGUGUCUUGGGUGUUGCAGUGUCUGCCGCGUGUUGAUUUCCACGCAGAACGAGGCCCGGAUGAGAACCUCAGAUCGUCCGUCACCUGUGCCUCUUGCUGUACCGGUUCACGGGCCUCAGUUUGGAAAAGGGGGUAGAAUGGACUGAAAUUCCAGAACAUUUCAGGGGAAGUGAGCCUAGAAACAGGGCUCCACUUCGGACAGGUUCGAGUUCUGGAGCUGUGCGUGGCCCUGCCCUUGAGGUACCGGGUGGGGAGCCCUGUUCUUACCACCGCAAACAUGGGAUGUCUCGGGUGUGUGGCAGGGCCUCUGAGGCUUCUGAAAUCCGCACCUUAUUUGACCAAGCUCCAAAAUGCCAAUUUUUCGUUCUUUAAAAAAAAAUCUGCUUUAUGUACAUAAUUGAAAAAAAUCUAUAUUUUUUAAUCAGUUACUUGUAAAUGAAGCAAUAGAAUUCUAACAAGGCCAAGAAAGGAGACAAAUGUGUGAGGUUUAUUUUCUUAAGGUAAAUACGGGUAUUGCUUUUGAUUGUUAGUUUAUUAAAAGGGUGGGCUUGAAAAUUUAUCAGCCACUUCUGUGUGCCAUAUCCUCCCCCACGUUACCAAAACAUUCCACCUCCUUAGCCAAAAGAAACAGCUGACCUCCCAAGUUUCGUGAUCCUCUCAACUCCACGUUCGGACCACUCUCCUAGACAUGUGCUUUCCACGUGAAGGUCUGGGACAGGAGGCUUGGGAUUGUGGACUCCAGCCUACGCCUUUUGCAUGACCUCAAAUGGGGGCUUCCUGGGCACCCCGACCCCUGAUGAUGUUAGUGUUCUGUCUUCCAUUUGUUCUGGGAUCCUCCAUGUUGGUCUGUGGUUUCAUGCACUAGCUGUUUGUAAACAAUGUGUUUGUGCCCUGUUGCUCAUGGCAGUUGGUGGGGAUUCCUUUGACGCCGUGCAACGUCGAUGAGAUUGGGGACAUGAGACUGUCCAAAUGACACUAACUUGUCAUGGUUACAGCAUUUGAAGUUGGGGUACGAAGUGAAACCUGGACGUGUGUAUAGCCUGGCAGCAUUUUCCUACCCUGGUUUCUAAUAAAAUCCGGAAACACACAGCCCUAUUGGUCAAACACUCGUGACGUGUGUGCCUCUGCUUCUCAUGGUGCUGUGCUGGACAGCUGGCACGCCAGCGGUUGAGAAGAGCGGAUGGCCUCCCCUGCGCAAACUUGCUGGCUGCCUCUGCUCCUGUGUCACUGUAUAUCUGACCGUGUCUGUCCCUAGAGCCGCCCUGCAGAUGGACACCCCAGCAGUCACGAUGCUGCUGUCUGGGGGGGUACGGUUUUCUGCUGGAUGCUUGUGACGAUCUGGCGCUGCUUGGGAAAUACUACAUGUGGAAUAUGCACAAUUCUGGGGACAAGUGUUGUCAAUCAGUGAUUUCCCUCCUGCCAAAAAUAAACUCAUGAAACUGCA